AUGGAGGGCGAGGAAGAUGACACGGAGCGCUGUCGCGAGUGGCUACUGGCCAACCUUGAACCAGUUGAGCAGGAGCAUAUAUUGACGCUGAAGGAGAAGAUUGAUACUUACCCGCCGGUAAAGUUACCGAAGUCGGGGCCGGCAAGCGCCGAUGGGGAGAAGGAGGAGGAGGGAAAGGAGAAGGAGGAGGGAAAGGAGAAGGAGGAGGGAAAGGAGAAGGCCGAAGGUGAGGCAGACGUUGAAGAGGCCACAAAAGGAGUGGCUGCGGUCAAUAUCGCCGAGGAAGGUGCUUCAGCGACCGUUGAUGGACAGAAGUGA